UCCCUCGGUUUGACUCCUUUUUGGAUAAGUUUGCAAGGUUUUGACUUUUGCCUGUUCUCGCACUGAAAGAUAGGACACGUCAAAGAUCUGUUAAGCUAGCUGCAAAACUAGCACACAUAUAUAUAUAUCAUUACUCAGAAAACCUUUUAAAAUCUUUCUUUCUUUUGAACAGAAACUCUCUGUUUUUUCAGGAGUCAUGUUACCAUUACAGUUUGAGCUUUUUUUGCGACGGCUGGCAGCGACUGAUUCAGUCACGCUACCUGUAUUUCCCAGGAGGACCCGGCGUGUGAAGCUACACAAAGACACCUUUGCUCAAGGCUCAGAGUCAAUACCAACCGAGUGAUGGCUGUGCUUUGAAAGUUGAAGGUGUUGGUGUGAUGGUGUCAGAUUGAUCCCCGGGAUGUGAAUGGACCAGUAAACAUGACCCUGUUGGCAGGCGAUGGCUCUGACUAUGACUACAGUGCCCUGAGCUGCGCCUCUGAUUCCUCCUUCAACCGCCCUCCCCUGCACGAGGAGGAGGCCAUAAAGGGAGCUUUUUACAAGAGGGCGCAGCGAGCCCCUGAUAUCGGCUCCAUCCACGAGGACACGCUCCUGGCCAGCGCCCGAAAGAUCUACGCCAUCAUCAAUGUGGGAGGCCUGCGUUACCGGCUGCCCUGGACCACGUUGGAGGACUUCCCUCUGUCCCGCCUGGGCCAGCUUCACCUCUGCAGCAGCUUCGACGAGAUCAUGUGCAUCUGUGACGACUACGAUGUCACGCACAACGAAUUCUUCUUCGACCGCAGCCCCUGUGCCUUCAGGACCAUCCUGACCUUCCUGCGGGCCGGGAAGCUGCGAUCCCUCAGGGAGAUGUGCGCCCUUUCUUUCAGAGAGGAGCUGCUCUACUGGGGGGUUCCCGAGGAGAGCAUGGAGUGGUGCUGCAGGAGGCGUCUGCUGCAACGAGUGGAGGAGUUUGAGGCCAUGGAGAGGGCGGAGGAGGAGGAGGAACUCCUGGAGGACAUGAUGGAGACAGGCAGUGGACACAGGGAGCAUGCAGCAGAGUCCAGACUCAACAGGUGCAUGGGCAAACUCAGAGACAUGGUGGAGAGGCCUCACUCGGGCCUACCGGGGAAGAUCUUCGCCUGUUUGUCCGUUCUGUUUGUCACCAUCACUGCUGUCAACCUGUCCAUCAGCACUAUGCCCGCCAUGAGGGAAGAGGAGGAGGCGGGUAAAUGUUCCCAGAUGUGCUACAACAUCUUCAUCGUGGAGACGGUGUGCGUGGCCUGGUUCUCGCUGGAGUUCACCCUGCGCUUCAUCCAGGACCGCAGUAAGCUGGCGUUCCUCAGGCAUCCCCUGAACCUGAUCGACGUGGUGGCCAUCCUGCCCUACUACAUCACCCUGGUGGUGGACAGCACCUCCAAAGGGGAGAAGCGGCUGGGCUCGGGAAACAGCUACCUGGACAAAGUGGGCUUGGUGCUGCGCGUCCUGAGAGCGCUGCGCAUCCUGUACGUGAUGCGGCUGGCUCGCCACUCGCUGGGCCUGCAGACUCUGGGGCUGACGGCCCGUCGCUGCACACGAGAGUUUGGACUGCUCCUGCUCUUCCUGUGUGUGGCCAUCGCACUGUACUCCCCCUUACUGUACUUGAUUGAGAAUGAGAUGACGACAACGCAGGAGUUCACCAGCAUCCCUGCGACAUACUGGUGGGCCGUCAUCACCAUGACCACAGUGGGAUACGGGGACAUGGUGCCACGGAGCAUCCCGGGACAGGUGGUGGCUCUGAGCAGCAUCCUGAGCGGGAUCCUCCUCAUGGCGUUCCCCGUCACCUCCAUCUUCCACACCUUCUCGAGGUCCUACGUGGAGCUGAAGCAGGAGCAGCAGAGGGUGCUGCAGAGGAGGACUCACUUCCUGCUGAGGGGUCGCAUGGCCGGCCUCGGCAGCAACCUCUCCUUAGAGAGUGACAUGCUUUUUCCUAUAGGGUCGUCUGACAGGCACAACUGAUGCACUCAAAUAAUUCAAACGUUGACUUUAACUACAUGUCAUAUGUCAACAGGUUACAUAUAAUAUGUUUGGUUAGUUGAAAGCUAUAAUAUUAAGUUUAAAUAAAUAAAAAAUAGGUUCAACUAACCUAAUACUAUAAUGUGUAAUCUGUUGACAAAUUAAAUGUAAUUAAAGAUAAUGUUUCUGUGUGGAUGGACAGGGAAGGACAUUGAAAAUGGGAUUGCUACAAAACAGAAUGACAAAGUCUGAGAAAGAGAAGACAGAAGUGAGGAGGAACGAAUAUAGAAGGAGAAGUCUUUAAAAACAAGAUCCAUAACGGGAAAGUGUUAUUUUUCUUCCCAGAAAUGCAGACAUGCUGUGUAGCAGUGUACUUUUGGAUAGACAUGAAAAACGGAGAGGAUUGGAGUAUUAAGUAAAAGUCACAUAAUAUCAAAUAAAAGUCAAAUUUACAGAAUAAUGAUAAUACAUUUGAUUGGAGGGCACUUUCAUGACACCCACAGCCUAUAGAUAACAUUAUAAUCCAUACAGCUUUUAAGAAUAACAUCUACUUAUAGUGUCACAACAGUCCUUUUUGAGAUGCACUGUAAAUCGGACAUGUGAAAUAUGUAUUUGAGAUAUAAAAGAUAAGAUUUGGCUCACGUAUGAUCCAACAACCUAGUGAUGUUUUAAUCUCUGAUGUCUCCAGACGUUUAAGUGGAUUCAAUGGAUUUGUUGAUGUCAUUUGCUCCUGGGAGUUCACCAGUGUCACGCAAAGGAAGAUGCUCUCUGCUUCUGUUAAGUCCCAAAGGUUAAAUACUAAAAUGUGGCCCCUUAAUCCACUGAUUAUUUUCUGACUGACUGUGCGAACUCUGAGAUUUAUAUUACAUUUUGUUCUAUAUAUUCCCCCCGUCUGGCACUGCCGGCAUCCACAUAUUAAUUAUGAUGUUUUUCGGCUCCCUGAAGUUCAAUAUGCAAUUCUUAAAAAAGGUUUGGACAUUGAAGAUAGCAUUGUUGUGCUUGUAAUUACUGCAGUUGCUGUCCAUAGCUGUUUAUAAUAAUGACUUGACUCCUUAAAGUGGAUUUAAAUGGAAAUCUGUCUGUCAUUGUCACUUUUUUAUUUAUAUAUUUGUCCUACAGGGGGAAAUGGCUUUCAGGGAGAGGAUGAAAUUCAGCAUAAUGAAAAAAAACAUUUGGAAGACACUCAGAAAAUCCAAAUGGUAAUCAAACAGUAGGAAAAACGAAUUACAAUUUUAAAGGACUUAUUUAUUUCAAUGCUUUAUACUUUUUACUUCUUGCACUUUUUA